CACAACACAAUCCUAAAAACCGAAGGAUCCAAUAGUGUACGUAUAUCCAAUAUAAGUUAACCAUGAAGAAGGCAAACAAAGCAGUGCAGUUCUUGUUACUGGCCCUGAUUGUCAUUGUCAGUGGAGCCAUGGCCCAACAAGCCCCUUCCAUCAGCAUUCCUCAAUUCACAAAGGAUACCACAUUGAGCGCUCGACAAAACGUGUGUCAGCGCUACCAGCGAUAUGAUCAAGGACAAGUCGAGUUGCGACAAGCCUUGGAUGGGAUACAGUUGCAUGUCGUCGUCAUCCCUAACACCAGUUUCAAGUUGGAUAAUGCCAGCAAAAUUGACUCGGUUAAUCCCGGCUACAACACUCUUGUUCUCGAUGAAUUGGCCAAGCGGGCAGGAUUUACGUGGAGAGACAGCUUUGGAAUCACUGACUUUCUUCCUCCAGAUACCAACCGCACAUAUAGUGAACUCAUUGACUGGGGAACAGAUUACUAUGAUGUCUUUGUGGGAGGUUUCGACAAGACAUUGACCAGACUGCAAAUGGGAAUCUCCUUUCAAGAAGGAAUCUAUGACAACUCAUACAUUCUGAUUGGAGCAGCUACAGAUGCGUCAAACACUGACUCAUCCAUCAAUUUGUGGCAGUGGCUCGAGCCAUUCCAGGCAGAAGUAUGGAUCUGCAUUGUCGUCACUAUUUUGGCGUCAGGUGUCUUGUACCAGAUUCUGGAUGUUCCCACACCCAAACAGACCAAACGAAAUCACAAACGAAAGCCAACAUUCAAUGAGUUCCGCAAACAGCAGGGGAACAAGGGCUCUCCAAAUAAUACUGAUCAUGAUGCCGCUGAUGCCCUGUAUGAAGGAGCCCAUACCAUGGGUGAUGGGAUAUUUCUCUCAAGCCUUUUGUUCACACAACACUUUCAAUUUGUACCCCGCACAGCCCCUUCCCGCUUAUUUAGUGCAUCCAUGGGGUUGUGGGCUCUCCUCAUAUCAUCCAACUAUACUGCCAACCUGGCAAGCUUUUUUGUAAUCGAGAACACUCCGACCCUGACCAUCCAGUCAGUGGAGGAAGCCAUCCAAAAUGGGAUGCCCAUCUGUAUUUAUGCAAACACUGCCAGUGCUGAGUUUGUGACAUCCCAGUAUCCACAAGGAAUAUUUGUGGAGGUUAUAGACGAGCAUAAAGAAAUGUACCGUGCAAUUCGCAAUGGAGAUUGUGCUGUAGGCGUGUCAGCUCGAUCCACUUUUGAUUUGUACCGAGAUCAAACCAGUGCCAAUCCAUAUUGUGAUAUGAUCUGGGUUGGCAGAGCAAUCAAACAUGUUCCUGGUGGAUUUUGCGUCAAUGGUGAUUCGGGCAAACUUUGUUCCAGUCUCAUCAACAAUGUGCUGAAUUUGCACCUUGUGGAAAUGGAGAUUGAUGGAUUCCUGGAAGAUGCCUGGAAGGAGCACACUUCCAAGAGUCAUGAUCAAAAUUGUGUUGCCAUGAUGUCUUCUCAGACAGAAGAGGCUAGUGCAAGUCGUUCCUUGAAGGAAAUGGCUGGAACUUUUCUUAUUCAUCUGGUGUUUGCGGUUGCUGCCAUUCUAUUGAUGAUUGUUACCCGUCUCUAUGACAGGUACAAGCAAAUGUCAGACGAAUCGCGUCAGGAGCUUCGACUAUCUGUGAUGGGGAGCAUGGUGGCAGGAGGAGUAAGACAACAAGAGGCGAUGGGGGUCAAUCAGGUUCCACAACCGCCAGAAAGCAGUCAGUUCGAUAAGGAGUAUGAGGAGGAUCAAAGUUCCAGUGUACACCAUGUUACCUUUGCUACACAACGGGAUGCUGCCAUAGGAACUGAUCAAACAGCCCAUUUGGAAGAUCGAAUGGCAGGAAUGGAAGCACGUCUCAAGAGUGGAAUGGAAGCACGGUUCAAGAGCUUGGAAGACGACAACCGUGAUAUGGAGCACAAACUGGACACACUUGUUGAGCUGCUUCAGAAACAGCACCGGAACUUGCCUUCAACUUGGGAUUUGUAGACACGGUGUCGCCUUUUGGAACUUCUUGGUGGAGACAGAGGAACGAGAAGAAAACUCAACUUUCCAGAGCACCCAGGAGAUUCAUCGUUAACGUCGGAAACGAAUCGAAUCUGGCCAGCUACUCAUGGGAGGGGAUAGAUUCAAUAGAUUCAAUUCAUUCGUCUUUGCUAGCUAGCUGGUCCAAAAUUGUGCUUCCGGGCUCA